AUGGUGGCGGCGGCGCUGGACGCAAUGGCGGGGACGCGGUGGGGGCGGUGGCUGGGGCUGGUGACGGCGGUGUGGGUGCAGUGCAUCUCCGGCAACAACUACACCUUCUCCAACUACUCGCACGCGCUCAAGACGCUCAUGGGCCUGACGCAGCUGCAGCUCAACGGCCUCUCCGUCGCCAAGGACGUGGGCAAGGCGUUCGGCCUCCUCGCGGGGCUCGCCUCCGACCGCGUCCCGACCUGGCUCCUCCUUGCCAUCGGCUCCCUCGAGGGCCUCCUGGGAUACGGCGCGCAGUGGAUGGUCGUGUCCGGGACCGUCGCGCCGCUCCCCUACUGGCAGAUGUGCGUCUUCCUCUGCCUCGGCGGGAACAGCACCACGUGGAUGAAUACCGCCGUGCUCGUCACCUGCAUCCGCAACUUCCGCCGGAGCAGGGGCCCCGUCUCCGGCCUUCUCAAAGGGUACGUCGGCCUCAGCACCGCCAUCUUCACCGACACCUGCUCCGCGCUCUUCGCCGACGACCCGGCCUCGUUCCUCGUCAUGCUCGCCGUCAUGCCGGCCGCGGUCUGCGCGCUCGCCAUGGUGUUCCUCCGCGAGGGGGCCCGGCCGCGGGCGGCGCCGCCGCGGGGACGAGGACGAUGA